UUAAAGCAUUAAUGGAUUAAUUAUGUUACAGUAGACAGUAGUAUAUGUAUAUAUCUACAAUACGAUAGUAUAGAUGAAGCAAAGGCAUUGCUUAUUGCAGGAAUAGAUUACAUCUUACCUUGUUAUUUUUUUGCUGAUUCAUUGGUGGGUUUUGUAUCACUUUGAGCAAAAGAUUUUUGUGUUGAAAAUGGCUUCUGGGGUUCCAGAGAAUCUGAAGAAACAGCUUGCUCUUGCGGUGAGAAGUAUCCAGUGGAGCUAUGCAAUCUUCUGGUCCAUUUCAGCUUCACAACCCGGGGUCUUGGAAUGGGGUGAUGGUUACUACAAUGGAGAUAUUAAGACCAGAAAAACAAUUCAAGCAGUUGAACUCAAUGCUGACCAAUUGGGUUUGCAGAGGACUGAGCAAUUGAGAGAACUAUAUGAAUCCCUCUCCGCCGGUGAGAGCAGUCCACAAGCUAGAAGACCAUCAGCAGCAUUAUCCCCUGAAGAUCUCACUGAUACCGAGUGGUAUUUUUUGGUUUGCAUGUCAUUUGUAUUCAACAUUGGUGAAGGGUUGCCAGGAAGGGCGUUGGCUAAUGGUCAACCUAUCUGGCUAUGUAAUGCUCAUUAUGCAGAUAGCAAAGUGUUCAGUCGCUCUCUACUUGCGAAGAGUGCAUCUAUUCAGACAGUUGUAUGCUUUCCAUUUUUGCGAGGUGUGGUUGAGCUGGGUGUAACUGACCGGGUUUUGGAGGACCCUGGUUUCAUUCAACACAUUAGAACUUCAUUCUUGGAGACUCCAUAUCCCAUAGUUUCCAGUAAGUCUACCGGUGCUGGGAAUGUCAGAAGUGAUAAAGAUUUCGCUUGUGCUGUAGUUGAUCCACAGAUGCUUGAGAGCACAAUGGUUCCAGUUGUAGGAUGUGAAGUGUUAGAAAUGGCUUCUCCCAGCAGUUCAAAUGGCAUUGAGCCCAACCAACCAGCAGAAGAUUCAUUUAUGGUUGAAGGCAUAAAUGGGGUGGCUUCUCAAGUACAAAGCUGGCAGUUCUUAGAUGAUGAAUUCAGUAACUGCGUCCACCAUUCCAUGAACUCUAGUGACUGUAUAUCUCAAACAUUUGUAGAUCCUGGAAAAGUUGUCUCUGCUCCCGUAGAUGACAACACAAUCGACCACUGUUUGCAAGAAGGUCAAGAUUGCAAUCACACUAAGCUUACUUCAUUGGAUCCUGGAAGUAAAGAUUUACACUACCAAACUGUUCUUUCAGCCGUUCUAAAGACCUCCCAUCAAUUAAUUUUGGGGCCACAGUAUCACAACUGCAAUCAUGAAUCCAGCUUUGUUAGUUGGAAGAAGGGUGGAAUGAUGAAUGGUUUGAUACAAAGAGAUGUAGUCCCCCAAAAAUUGUUGAAAAAGAUUUUGUUUGAAGUUCCUCGGAUGAAUAAUAAUAGAUUAGUUGAUUCACCAGAAGAUAACGGCAUUAAAGACAGUCUUUGGAGACCAGAGGCUGAUGAAUUUGCUUCAAGCCAUGCAUUGUCAGAGAAGUUACGAAGAGAUAAACUAAAUGACAGAUUCAUUAUUCUCAAAUCAAUAGUCCCUUCUAUCAGCAAGUUUGACAAAGUAUCUAUACUAGAUGACACAAUAGAAUACCUGCAAGAGCUUGAGAGAAAGGUCGAAGAACUCGAAUCUCGCAGAGAAGUACCAGAGUUCGAGGCAAGAACAAUUGUAAAGCACAAGGAUUCAGUUGAGAGGACAUCUGAUAAUUAUGGCAACAACAGUAUCAGUAAUGGAAAGAAGCCAUUGUUAAAUAAGAGAAAGGCUCGUGACAUGGAUGAAAUGGAGCCAGAGAUAGAAUAUGUUGCCAUAAAAGAUAGUUCAACAGAUAAUAUAACAGUCGGUAUCAAUGACAAGAAUGUUCUAAUUGAAAUGAAGUGUCCUUGGAGGGAGGGAGUCUUGCUUGAGAUCAUGGAUGCUUUAAGCAAUCUUCAUUUAGAUUCUCAUUCGGUAAAAUCAUCCACCAUUGAAGGAAUCCUUUCACUCACAGUCCAAUCUAAGAAUAAGGGAUCAACUGUCGCAUCAAUAGGGAUGAUCAAACAAUCACUUCAAAGAGUUGCAUGGAAAUGUUGAAUCUUGUUUUCUGCUCACAACUAUAGAUUUUGUUUAAUACUACAAUCGCUGCUUACCUCGUUCCAUUCUAUUAUGUAACAAGGAAAGGUUCCAUGGAUCAUAGGGGUUUGACAAACACAUUCCUGGGAAUUUCCUGGGAGUAGAGAGAGUAAACUUAUUCUGCGUAAUGUAAUUUUCUUAAAAACCAAAGUCUAUACUCUUAUACUCAGAAAAC